AUGUCUACCUUCUUCGAUGAAAUGAAAAUGUCCUAUACUGGCGUUGACGUCACAGAUGGAAAAAUUGAGACUGCCAAUUUCUUAUUAGCUUCUGAAUCAUUAGUCAAAUUAUUCGAUCUUUUAGGAUCUACUGCAUUUGCUGUUGUUCAAAAUGAUAUUAGCGGUAAUAUCACCAAAGUUCGUGCCAAGUUAUUAGCUGAACCAACCAAUUCAGCCACUUUACAAGAUUUAGUUUUAUCUGAAGUUGGAAGUAAAAAGAAGACUGCUACUCAAGGUUUGUUAUGGUUAUGCCGUGGGUUAGAAUUCACUGCUAAAGCAAUGAGAGAAACUGUUGACAAUCCAGAAUUAGAAUUAAAUACUACUUUCACUAAUGCUUAUUCUAAAACUUUAUCUCAAUAUCAUAAUUUCAUGAUUAAGCCAAUUUUCAAAUUAGCUAUGAAUGCUUGUCCAUAUAGAAAGGUUUUCUUUGAAAAAUUAGGAGCUGAUCAAGACAAAGUUGCUAAACAAUUAGCUGAAUGGUUAUCUGCUUUGGAAAGCAUUGUUAAGAUCAUUAUGGACUUCUUUGCAUCUGGGAAUUACGGUAAAGGGUUAUAG